GCUGCCGGAAUGGUUCAAGAAUAAGAAUCCGAGAUUAAAAAUCCCGGUUCUGGAGGUACCAACAAGCGAAGGGGACAAGUUCCUCUUCGAGAGCAUCGUCAUUUGCGAUUAUCUGGACGAGAAGUAUCCUCGGACUCCUCUGCACAACAGGGACCCUUACAUGAAGGCACAGGACCGUCUGCUCAUUGAGAGGUUUAAUGAGCUGAUUAAAGGCAGCUUGGAAUGUUUCGAUACUAACUUUGCGUACGGCAGCGAACAGAUCAUCCAAACGUUGGAUAUUUUUGAAAAAGAAAUGGAUUCCAGAGGAACAAACUUUUUCGGUGGCAACAGACCAGGCAUGUUAGAUUACAUGAUCUGGCCGUGGGUGGAGCGUCUGUACCUUCUGCGAUGCGUCAAUGAACGAAAAUUUGAUGAGAAACGGUCCUUGUUUCCUAACAUGGCUGAUUGGGGUGACCAAAUGCAAUUCGACGAUGUAGUCAAAAAACACGCCAGUUCACCAAUCGAUUAUUUCGAUUACUACAAGAACGCUAGAACACAUUCUAUGGGAUAUUAUCUGUAGAUAGGUAUAUUUAUUUACUUAAUUAUAUUUUUUUCAUACUGAAAAUUUAAGUUUUUAGUCACAAGCAGAGAUGGAAAGUGCAAUCAACCCGCCCGGGGUUUAACCGGGUUUCUACCAAUUUGUACCUAAAAUCGAGGGCAGAAACCGCGAAUACGGAAUUUGCUAUAAUUCCAUACUUAUUACUUUGUACUUUGGACCGUUCAGAUUAUCGUAAGCGGCAUAGAGUUGGAUUUAAGUCUUAAGUGUCAAGCUUGACGUGCUCUUGGCCCUGUACCUACAUUGCAAUCCUAUGAAUUCUCACUAUUUAGGAUGCACAUUACGAUUAAAUUUUUAUGAAGAUCGAUUCAAGUGUAUACGAAUUCGAUUUUCAAGUGAUUCGAUUCAAUAGGAAGGCAAAUCGAAUCAUCCAUAACAUUUUGUAAUAAUAUCAUUAAAUAUGAACAAAAUUCAAUUUACAACAAAUAUUUUAGUAAAUAUCGUUUGCCCUCGAUUUCCGGCAUUAAUGGAUUUUAACCCGAUUUAAACCUGACUUUAACAAAGCGCCGGGAUGAAACCUGGGCGCUCUUCCGUCUCUGGCCACAAGUCACAAACUUAUUAUUUAAUGGAUUUUUAGAUGGCUCCAUCGUUUUCGUCAGUAACUUCAACUUUUGACAGGUGUCAACGUCAAAUGUGGAAAAUUGGAAAAAA